UUCUGCGCCGAGGCCGGAAGUGACGCAAACCGGCGCCGCCAGUGCCUGCUGUAGGUACCGCUGGACCGUUUUCUGUUACUCUGGACAAGGCGGGCUUUCCUUGCAUGGUUGCAACAGGGGGAUCAUGACGGGGAAGAAAUCUUCCCGGGAGAAGCGGCGCAAACGCAGCGGUCAGGAGGCAGCCGCUCCUCUCGCGGCCCCGGACCUGGUACCUGCCCUCGCCAGUAGCGGCAGUGGAAGCACUAGCGGCUGCGGGAGCGCCAGCGGCUGCGGGAGCGUGAGCUGCUGCGGGAACGCCAGCUUCAGUGGCAGUGUCACGGGCGGCGGGAGCAACGUGGAGCGCGGCGAGCGCCGGAAGCGCAGGAGCACCGACUCGUCUUCCAGCGUCUCGGGCUCUCUGCAGCAGGAAACCAAGUAUCUUUUGCCAACUUUGGAAAAAGAAUUAUUCUUGGCAGAGCACAGUGAUCUUGAAGAAGGUGGACUGGACCUGACUGUGUCAUUAAAACCAGUUAGUUUCUAUAUAUCAGACAAAAAAGAAAUGCUCCAGCAGUGCUUCUGUAUCAUAGGAGAGAAGAAGUUACAGAAGAUGCUUCCUGAUGUGUUAAAGAACUGUUCAGUAGAAGAGAUUAAAAAGCUAUGCCAGGAACAGUUAGAGCUCCUGUCUGAAAAAAAAAUAUUGAAGAUUCUUGAGGGUGACAAUGGUAUGGACUCUGAAAUGGAAGAGGAGGCAGAUGAUGGGUCUAAGAUGGGAUCUGAUUUAGUCAGUCAACAAGACACCUGUAUAGACUCUGCUUCAUCCUUGAGAGAGAACAAGCAACCUGAAGGUUUGGAGUUAAAACAAGGCAAAGGGGAAGAUAGUGAUGUACUCAGUAUAAAUGCAGAUGCUUAUGACAGCGACAUAGAAGGCCCAUGCAAUGAAGAAGCAGCUGCUCCUGAGGCCCCAGAAAGUACAGUCCAAAGUGAAGCUGGUCAGAUAGAUGACCUGGAGAAAGACAUUGAAAAAAGUGUAAAUGAAAUUCUGGGACUGGCAGAGUCUAGCCCAAAGGAACCCAAAGCAGCCACCCUGACUGUUCCUCCACCAGAAGAUGUUCAACCUUCUGCACAGCAACUGGAGCUGCUAGAACUUGAGAUGAGGGCAAGAGCAAUUAAGGCCCUAAUGAAGGCUGGUGAUAUAAAAAAGCCAGCCUAGUUAUUUAAAUUAAAUUUGAAUUUUUGAUGUGUUCAAACAAAGCCACAUCCUAAAAAUUUGUAUUUGAAGUUUAUUUGGGUCUUAUGUGGUAUUUCUCAUGUAACCAUUAUUAGGUAAACUCAUAUUUAGGUAAACUCAUCUUAGGCCUAAAAUACAUUUAAAAAAAAAAACUUUUAUAUUAUAGGUGUGUGUUUGAAUUCAUGGCAAAUAUAACUGGUUAGCCUGGAUACUUUUUUAGAUCAUUAUUUACCUAUUUCUGCAAAUUAAUAUCUUAAGAGCUAUUAAGAAAGAGUUAUGGUAUUUUUCUUUGUUUUUAAAUGUUUUGGCACCAAAAGCUUUAAGAAAGACUGACCAAGCAUGUUUCUCUUAAGGCUGCUUAUAUUUUGCAAUAGAAUACUAAAUUAUUGCUCCUAAAUUUGUUUAGAAAUUUACUUUUGCGUAUAUGUACUUUCAAAAUAUCCACUGUUUUGAAGAUGCCUUUUGUGGAUGUGGAUUUCCUAGUUAAAACUGAGUAGCAGUUUCCAUUAUAAGGCUUAGUGAUCUGAAAUGGCUGAGAAAAACUUUUUAUAAAGAAAAAGAGGACUCAGUUUAAGGCAGUGCUUUACAGUGUAGAGCUAAUUAAUUGCUCAUGUUUAAUUGCAGCAGACAAGCCUUUUUAACAGGUAUUUGAUCCUAUUGGACACUUUGUUCACUUUUUUUUCUUCAAUAAAAAGGAACAAAUUUCAUUUACAUUCCAAGCUAUCAGGAAAAGGAGGAUAUUUUGUCAUACAGGGUUUCAUUGGGUGUUAUUGCUUGAAGCUCUGAUGUGCUAUAUUUGCAUGAAUCAAAAAUAAUAAAAGACUAUCAUUCUGGAUGUGAAGACUUUUGAUACUUUUCUAAGAACGAAAUUAAUUUCAAGAACCUUUGAUAAGUUGAUGUUAUAAUUAAUCUAAUUUUGUAUAGAUUUUAUAAACAAAUUAGCAUGCUGCCACAAUUACAGAUCUCUCCCCAUUACUAAGCAGUUUGAUACCAAAAUAAAUUUAAGUAGGGUCCCUUAAAUUUUUUCUAAAAUGCAAAUCUUGAGCUGUUUUUUAUAUUUGGUAACAAAUAUGGUAUAUUUUAUUUAGAAGCCAUACUCUACUAAUGUAGUUUGAACAUUUCCCUUAUACACAAUUUUCCGGGAUUGUGUUUAUUAGCUGAUUUAAUUGUAGUUAAUUUUAAAGAGUUUUUAGAUAGAAAUUUCUGUUCGAGCUUGAAAGUUAAUAAAACAGUACAGAAUAAACUUUAUCACUGCAUACUAAUUAUUAAGUAGAUGGUAUUUGUGUGCUUAAACAUUUAAGAGUAGAAAAGGGUCCAAGUGUUACAUCAAUGUUUAAAGUUACUGUCUUUAUGAAGCACUGUGUAUCUCUUCUGUUCAGUGUGCAAAAUGGUUUGGAGGAUUUUUGAUUGCAGUAGGUAUAUAUGAGAGAAUAAACGGAACAAAUUAGAGGCUACUUAGAUUUUUGCCUUUUUAAAAAACCAAUUUUUUCUCUUGUCCUUUUUAAUUUUUAAUGUUGAAAGAUUUAAGAGCUGUCUGAAAAUGAACUGACGAGAGAAUAGGAAUGUUUGUUUUAGAAAUGCCUAAGCAAUGCCCUAUGAAAACACCCCUAGUGAUCCGAUGGUGCCAUUUAAAUCAUCAGCUCUCAGCGACUACCUCUGAGGUUUUCAGUCCUAUUCAAAUCUUAAACUCGGAGAUGUUAUAGUGUAGACUUUAGAAUGGAAUAGACUGAAUUUUCUAAAGUGUAAAUGCAGUUCCUUUUUAUGCUUGAUGCUUUCCUUUUGUUAAGGAAAAUGUUUAGGCAAUAAUUAGUAAUUAAAACAAAAAAAUGGCAAGUGAAUUUUCCAUUUAAUGUAAAAUAAUCCUAAUUGACUAGGAACUUCACUCAGAUCUUGAAUGUUGGUUGGCAACGGAUGUCCUCUGCAUUGGUGAGCAGUUGUUAACAGCACUAAACCUUGGCCCACUUUCAGAUAUUUCUACAUAUUCAGAUAUAUCCCAAAACCUGUCAAUGAAAAAUAACCCAAGCCCUCAAAUCUUUUUGUUGAACACCACCAAUUCCUUAAGACUAUGAGGUAGUAUAUCCUUUCCGUAUAAAUCUUUUUGCCAAAACCUAUUUUCAGUAAAAUGUUAGAACCUGCAUGAACCUGGGUGGCAUUCUUAAUCAUUUGAACACUAAUACAUAAUGCAGUAAAAUGUGUGCUUUUCAAUGACAUUUCAAGUAGAUAGAGGAAAGAUGAACCUGCAGUUUGGGCCAGAUUAUUUGGCAGCCUCAGUUCUAGUCUAUCAUAAAAGGUAGGAGAAGAGAAUUUGGCUUUAGAUACCUCUCAUUGAUUGUAUAAUUCUUAAAAAGUAAAUUUAACAAAAUUUCACCUUAGUUAUUUUUAAAGUGCCAGUGAGUGUACCAGUAGGAACUAGAUAUAUUUCUUUGGUAUUUGUAAUUAUUUUAAGAUGCUUUGUGAUACAAUGAAAAGAAUGUGAAAGUUAAGAGCAGACGUUUCUGACUGCUCUAACCAGCUGUGCAACCUUGUACAAGUAACUAAAAUGAAGCAAACUGUCAGCCAAAUACUUGAUUAUCUUUCAGCUGUACUAGUCUGAUUCUAAUACAGAAUACUAUAAAAUUUAUUAAACAUAAGAGUCUUGAGUUCACAUAUUUAUCUCCUCCAUUUCCCUCCCCCUGAACUCUAAAUGAAAUAAUCUAUUUAGUCUCUCUUUUGUCUCUUGCUGUUCUGGUUAUGAACAGUAGUCUAGGUACUGUUUCUUUUUCCUUAUACCUAUUACAGUCUUCAUCAUCAGCAUCUCUUGGUAAGUAUACCACUUAGAAUUACUCACUUUGGACUUCAAACUUACUGUUUUAUUUCAGAAUAAUAUAACCCCCCUCCCCCCUGGCCCUGGUACUAGGGAUUGAACCU